GCAGUGAAUAUUGAAACGCAGCCUAAGUUAAGCGUCCCAAUAUUCCUGACGAAAAAAAAAUGAAUAAAUACAAUAUCUUGGGGGCCGAGCUACGCGGUGAUACGAGGGUUAAAAAUCGAUGAAGGUAGCCCGCGUUGUUAUAGAGAUACGUUCAAACAAGAGUCUCGAAAUCGCGCGGAUGUCGGAUUAUCAUUGCGAAUAUGUCUCGACGAAAGAUACAUUUUUAAUAUCACUGGAUACUUUGGCUUCGGCAUGGCAAGUCUGCCCCUUUUACCGGGAUACACUUUUCGAGAUGUUAACAUCAAGGAUUAUAAAUUGCCGCACAAGCUCGACAUUUCAAACGGCUUUUCUGUGAUACGCGAUACCAAUUACGACCUCGGUAGGAGACCGACGGAUGCAGCAUCUCUUCGUUAUGCCGAAUGUCCAGAUCCAAUUGAAUACGAUCCAUCAUUGACUUAUGGCCGAGCGCCUCGUUACGCGUUUCGGCAAUUCGUGCCGCGUUACGCGUUGUUUGCGCAAAAGUGUCUCCAUUUCAAGGCCUUCUUCCGUCAGGGGGUCUUUGACUCCCCGGACGAGCACUAUCGCAUUCGCCACGUGGAUAUCGUUUAUUACCUAGAGGACGACACGCUCUGUGUAAUAGAGCCGGUGGUGGACAACGCCGGUUUCCAGCAGGGCAAAUUGGUGAGGCGCGAUAAGAUCCCAAAGAACGCCAAGGGAGACCCGUUCAUCUGGAAGGACUUCAACGUCGGGAUCAACGUGUGUAUUUACGGCGUGGUCUAUCGUAUCGUCGACUGCGAUUCGUUCACCAGGGAGUUCUUGACGAGCCAAGGCAUCGAUGUCGGCGAAAAGGAGAGUCUACCCGCGGAUCCUUACGCGGAGCAGCGUAAGAUCAAGCAUGACGGGACGAUUGGAAGGAUUACUACGCGAAUGAUGAGCGAGGAUCCUAGGCGGCGUUUUCUAGAGUUCGAUGGCAUGGUGUUGUCGUUCGACGCUACGUGGAACGACGAUCGUUAUCGGGUGUUGUAUUUCCUAACGGACGAUACUGUGGCGAUUCGCGAAAUUCACAAGCCCAACGAUGGCAAGGACCCCGUGGCGAUGCUGCUCAAGCGUACACGCGUGCCCAAGAAUUGGCAAAGUUUGCCGUCCUGGCAUCCAAGUAUCUACAUGGAAUACGGAGAUCCCGAGAUCAUUGAGUAUUACACACCGCGAGAUUUUAGAGUAGGCGAAACAAUCCUCUUAUACGGCCGAUGCUUCCUGCUACAUGACUGCGACGCCUUCACACGAAAGUACUACUCCGACGUAUUGGGUGUUCCGCAAGCGGACGCAAUUCCGGUUCCCGUGAGAGACGAGAAACCGACGCCAAUCAAGUGCGAAGCGCCGCCGCAUAUAAAAAUCGACAGCCCUGAAGAUACGUAUGUCAGUAGUCCGUCCUUCGUGUCGAAGUCGCCCAAGAAAAACGUCAUUCGUCAACUGAUCAACUUCGCGAAGAAGCUCCGCUAUUCCAUGCGGAUGGAUGCGGUGCAUCCGGAAGAUGAGGACCGCGACUUUGUGUUGGAGUACAGAUUGAGCGACGGUGCUAUUCGAAUCAUCGAGAGGGAGAGGCGCAAUUCCGGCCGGCACGAGGCUUGUUUCUUAUCCUUUAGGUUGAUCCCGAAGCCGUGUAGUACGAGAAGGGACGAUCGAGAGUAUUACACGCCGGAGGAUCUUUUUGUGGGUGCGCGCAUCAAUGUAUUCAAUCAUCGCUUCGUCAUCACUGGCGCCGAUCUAUUUGUGUAUCGCUAUGUCGAGGCGAAUCGUAACAAAUUCUGCCAGGAAGUCAGGGAGAAUCUGCGUAACUACUUUCUACAACAAGGUAUGCUGCAGGACGACGUGGACAUCGAAGCUAGAAAGAUACAAGAGACGGAGGAUGAAUGCAAGCUCGUUGCGGAUAAUGCGAAUGGAAAGAUCAUCGAGGAUGACACUGAAGCGAAUAAAUGUACGGGCGAAGAAACUAUGGAUUAAUAUGGAACUAGCCCUAAAGAACUGAUAGUGUUUCAAUUAAUCAAUUAAUAUGGAAAUGAUGUUUAAUGCGAAUUUCCUAACCGAUUUAACCUGCGAAGUUCGCUAAUAAAUUUCCGGCGAUUUUUCUUCGUCUCUUAUCGACGUGUAGCAUGGCCUUAUAUGCAGAGCAAUCUGAAUAAUAUCGAUAAACUUUACAAUUGGAUCUUUGAAAUGAAUUUGAAGUCGAUUAUAAUCUCUUUAAAUGAAAACAAAUGAAUUGUCGCCGAUUUUCAAGUUAUAAUUGCUAAGUAACUUUAACCUUUAGGAGUAAAGAUUAAUAGAAACUUUUUUAAAUUUUAUAUAUUUUAAUGAAUUGGAUAAUGUAUUAAAAUGUCAAAAAGGGGGGAAGGAGGAGAGGAUGGGCGUGUAUACAAAUUACAACGCUAAAAAGAGAGGUUUAUAUUCCCCAUAUCAAUUAAAAAACUCAUACGAAAAAAGUUCGUCUACAUUAUUCAAUAUCGCUCUGUAUAACGCAUUGCCGUUGUCUCUUUGUUGCAAAGGAUAUAUCAUGUAUCGUGAAAGCAGAGAACAGAGAUGCGUUUAACAAUAAGAAUAUCUCAUGAAAUGUCAUCAAAUAUUACAAUAAUAAUAAUAAUGAUCGUCAUCAUCGUGUACAUUACAGUAUAGAUUAAUUGCAAUAUUAUUUCACUUCUCGUUAUAUUAUCAUCUCAACUCAUUUUUUUCUCUGUAUAGUCCCAUGUGUGAAUAAUAUAAUCAUAGAUAUAUUCGCAAUAUACAGAUAUAGAGAAUACGCGCUAAAAUAAACGCCAAUAAUUUCUG